ACAAUAAGUGGGUUCACAUCUUAACAGUAUGGAGCCACCAAUGGGGAGGCAUACUUCAAUGGAAUGGUAAUAGAGAGAUUCUGUGUUCGUAAUUCAGGGGCAAAAGCCGUUGUUGAAGGUGUUGGCAAUCAUGGUUGUGAGUUCAUGACAGGUGGGACUGUAGUUGUUCUUGGAAAGACUGGCAGAAACUUUGCUGCUGGUAUGAGUGGUGGCAUUGCAUAUGUUCUUGAUGUGGAUGGGAAAUUCCAUUCACGAUGCAAUCCUGAGCUUGUAGAUCUUGAUAAAGUUGAAGAAGACAAUGAUAUAAUGAUGCUCAGAAUGAUGAUACAGCAACAUCAACGUACACUGGGAUAUAUUGCACCUGAAUUGUUUUACAAGAACAUUGGUGGCAUCUCAUACAAGGCAGAUGUUUAUAGUUUUGGAAUGCUAUUGAUGGAAAUGGUGGGGAGGAGGAAGAAUUUAAAUGAACGAGUGGAGCAAUCAAGUCAGAUAUACUUCCCCACUUGGAUUUAUAAGCAGCUUGAUAGAGGAGAGGAUAUGAUGUUGAAUGAAGUCACAGAGGGUGAAAAGAAACUUGUAAGGAGGAUGAUCAUGGUUGCCUUGUGGUGCAUACAAAUGAAUCCUACCAAUCGCCCUUCAAUGAGCAAGGCAUUGGAGAUGCUAGAAGGCGAAGUUGAACUCCUUGAAAUGCCUCCAAAGCCUUUUGUAUCUUUUGAUAAUGAUCCUCCCAGUACAAAUUUAGUAGAGGAGAUCUUCAAAUCCCUUGAUUCUAUGACUUCAAAUACUUAGAAUUUCAAAGUACUAUUGUAAUUCAUGAAACACUAGUGUUCUUUACGCUCUGUUCAUUUUCUCAAUCCUAGCUCGUUUGUAUUAAUGAACCAUUUAAAUCUGUUGCUUCUGAUGAAGGAAUGAUAUUUGCAUUGUAACUAAAUGUUAGUGCUUUGGCCAUGUUUGGUGAUUGUAGUUCUUAGAAACAAGGAACGAUGUCUUGUAGUGUUCAAAAGUGUAAAGAUCAGUUGGUAAAACUGAUUCCAAUCAACAUAAAAGUCAAAA